AUGGCUAUUAGUGUUGUGUUUGCACAAGUUCCUGAUGGUGAUUUACCUGAUGAUGGUGCUCAGAGAGAACUCAAAAUAUGCAAUGACUGUGAAGUGGUCAAGUUAAAUGAAUCUCAGAUGAAUUCAAUCAGAUGUCAGUAUAGAAUUUUAUUGGCAAACAUUCGAUUUGAACAUUUUCCAGAACUUUCCAUUUUUAAGUCACAUAUACUGGUGAAACAGAAUGUCCUUUCAAAGCCCAGACCAUUAAGAAGUCUGAAGUAUUUACCAUGCAAGUUCUCAUGAAGGAUGAGAAAAAGUAUACUGAUUGUGUGGAUGUGUUAGACCAGCUAGAAGAAUGGACACAUCAGAUCUACUCUGCUGCAGGAUAUUGUGACCUUCCUGAAUCAGCUGAUUAA